CAUGGCGGCCCCCGUGAGGACGUUGUGCUGUUCAGCAUUGAGACUCUCCAGCAGGCAGUUCAGCAUGACGUGUGGAGUACAAGCUGGAGAGAAAUGGAGGAAAGAACAUGGACUUGCCCGAAGCGGCACAGAAUAUGGCCCUCUGACAGAUCUGCCUGAUUGGUCGUAUGCAGAUGGAAGACCAGCACCUCCAAUGAAGGGACAGCUGAGGAGAAAGCAAGAGAGGGAGGAUUUAGCUAGACGUAUCGUGAUGCUGAGCUCGGAGAUGGACAGAGGAAUGGAAGUGUGGAGUGAAAAACAGGAGGCGGCCAAAAGAAUAGAGGAGCACAAAAAGUCCCUGUUACUCAAACCUAAAGGAAAGCUGCUAUUUAAGAAAAAAUCUCAGAGUUAGAAACAGAUUAUCAUUCUAAUCAUGUUGCGAUAUCCUUAUUUUGAAGAAUACGUUGAUAGCCAGCGUAUUCAGUACAUAUUUAAGAGGACUUGUGGGUUUUCUCAUGCUUUACAAUUUGUGUUUUUCACUUUUCAUGGAUUUCUGCAAUAAAUGUUUGUUCCAUUUCA